GGCUUCUUAGAACCCUGGAUAAGUGAAAAUGGUCUAUUGAGACAGGUUUUGACCAACCUGGCUGACAGUGACCUGAAACUAAUUUAUGUGACAAGAUUUUGUAAAUUGGACAAAAAAAAAUAGUUUGAACUAUAAUAUGUUUGAAAUGUGAAUUAUGUUCCACAAUAUUUUGGAACUUACCAAAAAACCCAUCCAAAUUGUUAAUAAUAACAGAAUCCACACAUGAUAUAUCACUAUUAUUUAUACCAUAACAUUGGUUAGCAUCUUUCAAGCCCAUUUUUAAAUGACAUGCUCGUAAGUGCAAUAUCUCAAGUUUCAUAAUUAGAUUUUGUUACUUACAUGAUGUUCUGGUGAUUCUCAGAUGAGUCCUUGAGGAUCUUUUUUUCCUUUGUCCGAAGGUUGUCAGCAGGAUUCCAGCAAGCGAUCAAAGGAACGUUUAGUUGUUCCAGGGAACUUGACGGAGACUCUUUUCCAGGUCUGUAUAAAUAAUCCACCUGCAGCACCUUGACCAAAAAAAAAAAAAAAAAAACUCAGACGCCGCUCUUAUCACGUCACUUAACACCUUAUGUUUAUUCUACUGAGUACUCAGAGACUGUUUAUCAAGUUCUAAUUUUAAGUUUCUUCCUUCUAUUUGUCAUUGAAAUGUUAUUGUGCUUCAAUCUAAGAGACAGACGCACGAGUCAAAUAUUUACAGGAUGUUGUAAGAGCACUUGUAACGUCAUGGAUGUCAAAGUAUCGGCCCAUUGACUUAGUUACUGAAUAACAGCAGGGCCGAGACUGAUCCCUGUGUAAGACCGGAAUUUGGAUCUUUACAGCUUGUUGUUAAUGUGGCAGUUUUGUGAACAGUGCGUCGGGAAAUUGAACAGGAAGUCUAGUUAUCUACAUCUUGUAACCAUCAUAUAAAGCCUUGUAAUGGUUUUAUAACUUUUAGCUGUUCAGGUGAUUCUUGCUAAUAUACUAAAUGAUUUAAAUGAUAACUUACAGUUGUAAAUUCAUAAUCCUCUCUAUAUAUUUUCAUAUAUGCCAUUGAAACUUUAGCUAAAAAGAACAGCACUCUUGUGUAACAUAAGAUUUAGUUUUCUCUGAUAAACAAAGUUGAAAGGUCUGGAAAGGUUGCAUCUGUUGACACACAUUGGGGAUAGUGUUUGAUUUGCUAUUCGCUGUGAAGGGGUAAAAGGGGUAUUUAAAGGAAUAGUACACCUGAUAAUUCAUAUUUUUGUCAUUUACUCAUCCUCAUGCCGUUCUCUGUUGCUGUUUUCCUUAUAGUGCAAGUAAAUGGAGACCAGCAGCUGAUUUUUCAAGCUCCAAAAGUGUUGAAAAGCACCAUUAAAAGUACCAUAACAUUACAUUUCAAGUCUUCUUAAAUCAUACAAUAGAUUUAUGAAAGGGAAGACUGGAAUUUAAGACAUUAUUUACUCAUUAUCAUCUGCUGCUGCUCUCUUCAUUCACUGUCAAAUAUAUUCAAAUUAUAGUUAACUAAGAUGUAAACUAAAAAAAUCUUACUUGAAAUUAAGUCAAAUGUUAAAGGAUGACACAAACAUUAAAUUACUUAAAAGACUGAAAAUAUAAAAAUAAAAACUAAUUCAGAAUAUUAUUAUUAAAUAUUAAUAAAACCUAUGUUGUAUAUCAGUGAUACUAUAAUAACAUUGGUGCUUCAACAAUACCAAACCUUGUAAUAGAUUGUUACCUGCCAGAUUUCCCAUCUGCAACUAAAAGGCAAAUUACCUGCAUGCUUAAUUUUUACAGAGAUUUGAGCUAUGAAGUGGAAGGUUUCCAUUGUAAACAACUAAACUUUUGGUUCAGUUCCCACACAAAGUUACCAUAUGACUUCAGAAGGCUUGAACCAUUGCAUUCAAAUCACAGAGAAUAAAGUUAAGGAACUUAUGGUGAUGUUAUGUUUUGAGAAAAAGGCAACUUGAAAAUGUGCAUUUGCAUUUGCAAGCCUAGGAAACGUAUUUUUUAAAGAUAAAAACCCAUGCAAUCUUAUAUGUUGCAGUUGUACCUCAUUCAAAACUCACUGUGAAAUUAAGUGAGCAAGAAGGAAGUGCCUUUAAGAGGAUGUAUAUUUUCCAUUAUUGACACGCCUUUGUUUGGUCAGUAAUUUACAAUGCAAAGUUGUGUUAUCUGUGUUAGAGAAAUGCAAGACCAGUUUAUUGUUGAAAAGAAAAACAGUGGAAUGCUCUGAGUUAUAAACACUUAGUUCUGGUCACCAAGUGGUAUUUUAUAUUCACCUGACUGGUGAGUGUUUCAACUGGUUUACCAAGCAAAGGUGUGUCUUUGGCUGCUCAUUACACAUACAGAGGCACGCAAACACAAGGAGAACCCUCUGUCAGUCAGCAGAUCUUAGUUUGAGAUUCAAGUUCAAGUGUUUUUUUGGAUUGCGUUUUGCAAUUCAAACGAAACCAAAGGCAAACGAUGCAGACAACAGAUACGACUUACGACAAUGUUUCUCACGUGAACUAUGGUUUCCAACAUGAAGAGCAGCGGCCUCCUCCAUUUGCGCCGCCUUCUGGAAUAAACCCGGCAUUACCUCAGUACCAUGGUCCCCAAAACCCACAAUAUGUACACCAGAAUUCCCCUCCGCAAUACUUUUCAGAGAGAUACUCGCCUGCUCAGAGCCUGCAUCAGUAUACGCCACAAACAGCACCUGUUAAUACACACCGCACGGUCACACCUGGACCCUACCUUGACGUUAAUCCAGUUCACAAAGCUUCCAGGAGAAAGAAAUGGCCAUUUAUCCUUGGCAUAGUCAUCACCCUACUGGUCGUUGCUGGGGUCAUAGCUGUGGUGCUUUGGUUUUAUGGUAUUUUUGAUUGUUUGCAAGGGCGUCGCUGUAAAACAGAUGAGAAAUGUGUCAGCUUCUCGCAGUGGUGUGACGGUGUGCAGGACUGUCCAUCGGGAGACGAUGAAACUCAGUGCUCUCGUCUGUUUGGAUCUGAUUACCUUCUUCAGAUGUAUUCAAAUAUGAACCAAAAAUGGGAGAAUGUGUGUUCAGAUGGAUGGAAUGACAACCUCGGAAUGCAAGCGUGUGAGGAGAUGGGAUACGAGAGGAACACUUAUGUUGGUUAUGAGGAGAUUUACUCUAGAGCAUCGACUGACUACAUGCUGGUGAAGACAGAUUCUCUCGGCUCUUCCAAUCUGACAGGUUUUCACAGUAAAACUUCAGACUGUCCAUCUAACAAAGCAGUGGCACUCAAAUGUAUAGAUUGUGGACGGAACAGUGAGACCCGAAUCGUGGGAGGAACCAUGGUGACCUCUAAGGGGGUGUGGCCAUGGCAGGUCAGCCUGCAAAUUUCCAGAAGGCAUUUGUGUGGCGGGUCUGUCAUUACACCGUACUGGGUCGUCACUGCGGCUCACUGUGUGUAUGAGAAUUCAGAUGCAAGGGAUUGGACUGUGUAUGCUGGAUAUCUGACUCGUACCGAAAUGCAGUUGGCUACUGGCAAUUCUGUUAGCCGAAUUGUCAUGCACAACUUUGACCCGAGAACCAACGAGAAUGACAUUGCCCUGAUGAAGCUAAACCUUCCACUCACGAUUACAUCGAACGUCAGGCCAGUGUGUCUGCCCAAUAAAGGCAUGUACUUCACUGCUCCGCGGGAAUGUUACAUCACUGGAUGGGGGUCACAGUCUAGUGGAGGAUCUCCCUCACCAACCCUACAAGAAGCCAAAAUCCAGCUAAUCGACAGAACGACUUGCAACAGCCGACCGGUGUAUAACGGACAAAUCACAGAAACCAUGAUCUGUGCUGGCAAGCUGGAGGGCGGUGUGGACUCCUGUCAGGGGGACAGUGGGGGUCCUCUGGUCAUAAAAGAGAAUUCUCUAUGGUGGCUGGUUGGGGACACUAGCUGGGGUGAUGGAUGUGCUUUCAGAAACAAGCCCGGAGUCUACGGAAAUGUGACCUACUUCCUUGACUGGAUAUAUGAACAAAUGCGGAGAUAUUAACUUUAAUAUAAAGAUUUUUGAGAAGAGCAACUGAUCCAAAUCGCUGACUCACAGGAACUGUGACAGGGUCCAAGAGACUUUUUUUUAUAGUCUUGUUUUUGGUUAUUUUACUUUUUGUUUUCAUAUAAAUGUUUUCACAUAAAUCUAAAAGAACCAGUUAUUUAUGUUCACCAGUGUCAAUAAUGAAGUGAAUUGAACAUUAUGCUACAAUAUGCACUUUUCUCUUUUUUUUUGUUGUUGUUGUAUGUUUUGUAUAAAGAGCACAAUUAAACAAAUGAUUUUACAAAAAAAACCAUACCUGACAAUCUCACAUCACUGACAUGUUUGUUCUCUGGCUUUCUUUGCCACCACAACAGUUCACAUUUGCAUUAUUACAGUAUUUGAUAACAGGAUGUGACAGGCAAUAAAACCGCUCUCCUCAGAACUGCGGACAGACAUGGUGUAAACAAAUGUCUUUAUUGUAUAGCUAUAUAGAUAGCUAAAAUUGUUUUUACAUCAAGAUUUUAUGUUAAAAUCUAUAUGAAUGUCUGACUGGACACCAUUUCUUUUUUUUUUCACUGUUUAAUCACCUUUUUGUCUUCACAUUAAAUUCAUUUUUUAUAAAUAUACGUAUUUAAUGUUGUCUCUGAUUUAAAAUGAGCACAAAAAAGCUGCAUGUAUAAUCAUUAAAAAAGUACAAUUCUCUUUUCUAAUACAUUUUCAUGUCUGUUACCCAUGUUCAAUCUUAAUCAAAUUUCUGCCACAUACUCCAUACUACAUUUUAUUACACAUUUUAUGACUUGAACUUGAUUACAUUUGAAAGAUUUUGUAUGUAUUAAGAAAUAAAUUGAAACAGAACAUUGAAUAUGAACUUGGAUGUUGUG